UUUAAAACCUCACCUCCCACCUUCACACUUAUUAUUACCAUAAAAAAUCAAUCAUCAAAUUCUACUGCACCUCUUCUCCUUCCUAAGAUCAAGAUCAUCAUCAUCAUGCCUCCUAUGUUGCCUGAUUUCUCAAACUCAGUGAAGCUCAAGUAUGUCAAACUUGGGUACCAAUACCUAGUGAACCAUAUCCUAACCCUCACUCUCAUACCCCUCAUGGGUGGCAUCUUCAUAGAAGUGCUACGUUUAGGCCCUGAUGAGAUUCUCAAUCUCUUGAGUUCCCUUCACUUUGAUCUUGUCCAAAUCAUUUGCUGUUCUUUCCUCAUCAUAUUCAUAGCCACUCUCUACUUCAUGUCAAAGCCACGAGCAAUCUACCUUGUAGAUUAUGCCUGCUUCAAGCCACCGGUCACAUGCCGUGUCCCUUUUGCUACUUUCAUGGAACACUCAAGGCUCAUCCUCAAGAACAAUCCCAAGAGCGUGGAGUUCCAAAUGAGGAUUCUGGAGAAAUCAGGCCUUGGAGAAGAAACUUGUUUACCUUCUGCAAUCCACUACAUCCCACCCAAUCCAACCAUGGAAGCUGCAAGAGAUGAAGCUGAACUUGUUAUCUUCUCUGCCAUGGAUUCUCUGUUCAAGAAAACAGGUCUUAAGCCUAAGGACAUAGACAUUCUCAUAGUGAAUUGCAGCCUUUUCUCUCCAACCCCUUCUCUGUCUGCUAUGGUGGUCAACAAGUACAAGCUCAGGAGCAACAUCAAGAGCUUCAACCUCUCCGGAAUGGGCUGCAGCGCGGGGCUAAUCUCGAUCGAUUUAGCGCGUGAUCUUCUCCAGCUCCAUCCGAAUUCAAAUGCUGUGGUUGUGAGUACGGAGAUCAUCACCCCAAACUAUUACCAAGGCAAUGAGAGAGCUAUGCUUCUUCCAAAUUGCUUAUUCAGAAUGGGGGGUGCGGCUAUCCUUUUGACAAACCGAAAGAGUGCAAAAACAAGAGCAAAGUACAGAUUAGUCCAUGUGGUUCGAACUCACAAAGGCUCUGAUGACAAAGCCUACCGUUGCGUGUAUGAAGAGGAAGACAAAGAAGGGAAAGUGGGGAUUUCACUCUCUAAGGAUCUCAUGGCCAUAGCAGGUGAAGCAUUGAAAUCCAACAUCACCACCAUUGGACCUAUUGUUCUUCCAGCUUCUGAGCAAUUAAUCUUCCUUGUAACCCUGAUUGGAAGGAAAAUCUUCAACCCCAAAUGGAAACCCUACAUCCCUGACUUCAAGCAAGCCUUUGAGCACUUUUGCAUCCACGCCGGUGGACGUGCUGUGAUCGAUGAGCUGCAGAAGAAUCUGCAGCUCUCGGCCGAGCAUGUUGAGGCAUCAAGGAUGACGCUGCACCGGUUCGGUAACACCUCUUCUUCUUCACUAUGGUAUGAGCUGAACUACAUUGAAUCAAAAGGGAGAAUGAAGAGAGGAGACAGAAUUUGGCAGAUAGGAUUUGGCAGCGGUUUUAAAUGCAACAGUGCAGUGUGGAAGUGUAAUAGGAGCAUUAAGACCCCUGUUGAUGGACCUUGGGAAGAUUGCAUUGAUCGCUAUCCAGUUCAUAUUCCUGAGAUUGUUAAUCUCUAGUCCCUGCAGCAACAAGAGCACAUGAUUGAUUGCAUUGUUCAUUGGUAGCUGCAUUGCUUUGAUUUCAGUUAUUUGUUAAUAAAACAAAGUUGAGUA